AUGUCCUUCUUCCGCGUCACCCUCCAUCGAUCGGCCAUUGGCCUCCCCGAGCGUACGCGCGGUGUCCUCAAGGCCCUCGGCCUUCGCCGUCGAGCCCAGUCCGUCUUCCACCCUGUCAGCCCUCAGGCCGCCGGUAUGAUCCUCAAGGUCAAGGAACUGGUGCGCGUCAAGGAGGUGGCCGAGUCCAUGACGAAGAGCGAGCUCAAGGCUACGAGGACGCCCGAUCCUGGCUUCUACAUUGAGAAGAAGGUUGCUCGCAUGGAGAGGUGA